AUGUGGGACAUUCAACCCACAUUUUUUUUUUCAAAAAAGUGGUAUAAUUUUAUUUCAUUAACAAUAUCAAAUAAUAUUAUAAAUAAUAAAUUAUUUGAACAUUGGUUAAAAAUUAAUAAUGAUAAUAAUAAUAAAUCAUUUAUUGAAAAUUAUAAUAAUCAAAAUCAAUAUGACAAAAAUAAAAUAGUUUUUAAAAAUAAAAAUGAAAAACAAAAUAAAAUUAGUUUUAAUAAAGAGUUUUCAAUUAUAAAAAUCAAAGAAUCAAUAAUCAAUGAUUAUUUUAAAUUCAAUUUAUUUUUAGAUAAUAUUACAGUUGAUGAUUUUAAAGAAAUUAAAAACAAAUUUGAAAAAAAUCAAUUACUUUAUUAUAGAAUUGUAGUUAAUGGUGAAACUGGUAAUAUUGGUAAUAUUGAAGGGUUUUCAGAUGAUAGUAUUUUAUUUACAAUACAUGAAUAUAUAUCAAAUGAAAAUUGGGAAAUCAUAUCAAAUUUAUUUAAAAUACUAGAAUUAAAUUAUGACUUUUGGUUGCCUGAAGGUUAUAGUCCAGAUUCUGAACAGGAAGAUGAUGAUGAGGAUGAUGGUACUGAUAAGAGAUGUACUGAAUUAUAUUUUAAUAAUUUAUCAAUUGAUGGUUAUAUUGGGAGUAAAAAUAUAUUUUUUGACGGGUCCAAAGAUGAUUGCUCUCAAUCACGUGUUAAUUAUUCAGCAUUAUUUGAUCCAAAUAAUUCAGGCCAACAAGUUGAAUCUAUUAAAGUACAAAGUAAAACUUAUGAAAUUAAUGAGGAAGAUUUUGUUGAACCACUCCAUUUAAUUAAAGUCUAUCAAUUUGAAAAUUUACAUUCAAUUACGGUAACAAUUAACUCACUUUUAAUAUUAUCAAACAUAUCUGAAGAAAUGGGAUUUAAAGGAUUCUAUAAUGUAAAUUCCUAUUCAGGUUUUUUGAGAAACACAAAAUCAGAAGUAUUUCAAAUGACCAAUUCAUUCAUUACAAGUAAAUCUUUAAAGAAUUUAAAAAUAUCAUCAGUAACUUAUGAACACUAUCCAUUAGAUUAUAUGGGUUUUUUUGCAUAUAGGCAAUAUUCUUUUAAUGAUAUAGUAAUUUUUGCUAAAAGAGUAAUAGAAAUUAUAGAAUACUUAUCAAAUUCAUUCAAACCAUUAUUUUCAGAAUUAAAUACAUCAAUUGAAAGAAUUGAAUUUGAUUGUAUGGAUUUAUUAAAUAUCAAUACAUUUUCAAAUUUAUUAAAUAAUAAAUCAAUUAAAUAUUUAUAUUUACAUGGUGAUAGUGAUUUCAUUGUUUACUGUCCAAAACUAGUUAGUCGUAGUAUGGGAUUAAAUCAAGAACCUAUUACAAUUAAUCAAUAUUUAUUUGAAUAUAUAUUUACAUCACCAUUAACAUCAAUUAGACAUUAUAAAAUAAAAUUCAAAGGAUCUAAUGAAUUAAAAUUAAUAUUUAAUUUAAUAUUUAAUAAUAUUUUUAAAUUACAAUUAUAUUCAUUAAUAUUUGAAUUCAAUAAAAAUGAAUUAAUUGGUGAAUUUGCUAAAGAAUUUAAAAAUUUAAUAAAUAAUAUUUCAAUACAACAACUACUACAACAAAAAUCAAAUGACUUAAAUUUAAAAGAAAUUAAAAUUAAAAUUAAAAUUAAACAAACUGAAAAUAAAAUUAAUUAUGAUGAAAAUAUUCAAGAAUUAAACAAUAUUAAUAAUCCACAUUUCACAACAAUAAUAAAGAAAAUAGAAAAAUAA